AAGAGUGAAUCUGAGAGGAGGGGGUUUGGAUGAGUCUGUACCGAAGGGGGCGACCACGCACGUUCUCUCAGCCAUCCUUCCUCCCGACUCGUUAUUGUAAAGCGGUGCGUGAGCGCGCAGCUCUCCUCUCCUCUCCGCCUGUGCGUGGACGGACGUCUCCACGCGCUCCUCCCGCAGGAUUUGGACGCUGUUCCGUUGGGCUCGCGCGCGUUCCUGGGCGUCUUGGAGGCAGUGGCGUCCUCAUCCAUGUGUGCGCCCGUGAGCAGCAGCUGAGGAAGAGGAGGAGGAGGAGGUUUGCUUUCUGCACCGCGUCGUGCACGGUGGAAAUACGCUCUCCUGCUCUGGUUACUAUCAAAGCGGACGACUGAGUGCGGACGGCUGUCGGGGCUCCCCCAGACCGCUGCCAUUGUCGCCGGACGCGCUCCGCUCCAGCCCGACGCGUCUCCAGAAUGAAUGAGCGAGACUGAACGGGAAUCCGAAGCUUCAUUUUAUUUUGAAAGGCGUGCCAAGGCAGCCAUGGAAGUGAAGGAACGCAGACCCUACCGCUCUCUCACGGCCCGGCAGGACACGGAGCGCCGGUACACCAGCUCCUCUGCGGACAGCGAAGACAGCAAAACAAACUCCAAAUCCUACAGCUCCAGCGAAACCCUUAAAGCCUUCGACCACGAAUCCAGGAUGGCGUACGGCAGCCGAGUCAAGGAAAUGGUUCACCAUGAAGUUGACGAGUUCAACCGCCAAGGAUCGGACUUCUCGCUCCGAGACCUCGGCUUUGGAGAAGCGCUGCCGUCACACGUGGCCACGUACAGGAGUGACAUGGGAAUGCCUCACCGCGACUACUCGGUCAGCGUGGGCUCGGACGCAGACACGGAGACGGACGGCAUCAUGUCGCCGGAGCACGCCGUGAGAUUAUGGGGCCGCAGCAACACCAAGUCGGGCCGCAGCUCCUGUCUCUCCAGCAGGGCCAACUCCAACCUGACCCUGACUGACACGGAACAUGAAAACACAGAAAACGACGGAGCCUUUCAGAACCACUCCCGGCUUCGGACGCCUCCCCUCCCGCUCUCCCACUCCCACUCUCCCAAUCAUCACCAUGCGGCCUCUAUUAACUCGCUGAACAGGGCCAACUACACUCCCAGGAGCAACCCCAGUCCGGCCCCCACAGACAGCUCCGCCCCCCCUGAAGGUACAGCCAGCGGUCAGGACUCUGGAAGCGCUCAGGACAACUGGCUGCUCAACAGCAACAUCCCGCUGGAAACCAGGAGCCAGAAUACUCUAAUGUUUGUCAAGGAAGAGCCAGACGCUUGCAGAGAGGGACAGGGCUCGUACAAAACCAGAAACAUAGUAAAGCAGGCAUUCCUAGAGACUUUACAGGACAACCCGAUUGAGAUGGACAUUCUGGCAUCAGCACGCCAAGAUGCCUCGUACCAAGAUGGGCACUUCCUGUUCAAACCAGGUGGAACAUCACCAAUGUAUUGCACAACGUCACCGGGGUACCCGUUGACCUCCAACACGGUGUACUCGCCUCCCCCGCGCCCUUUACCUCGGAACACCUUCUCUCGACCUGCCUUCAGCCUGAAGAAACCCUACAAGCACUGCAACUGGAAAUGUGCUGCCCUCAGUGCCAUCCUCAUCUCCGUAACGCUGCUGCUCCUGUUAGCCUACUUCAUCGCCAUUCACCUGUUGGGGUUAAACUGGCACCUGCAGCCCAUGCAGAGACAGAUGUACCAGCUGUCGGAGGACAAUACAAGUGGCCUAACCUUUCCGACAGACCUAAGCUUGCCGCCGCUCGGCAACACCGGGUUGGAGAUACCGGACCGCAGAGGAAAAGAUGACAGCAAAUUGGACAGCUUGUACCCAGAUGACAGCUAUAUAGAUAUGGGAGAGAUCGACGUGGGACGCAAGGUGGCACAGCAGAUCCCGCCUGGGAUCUUCUGGAGGUCCCAGGUCUUCAUCGAUCACCCCAUGUACCUGAAGUUCAACGUGUCGCUCAGCAAAGAUGCCUUAGUGGGAGUGUACGGAAGGAGGGGCCUUCCGCCGUCGCACACACAGUUUGACUUUGUGGAACUUUUGGACGGGCGGCGACUCCUCGCCCAGGACGUCCACGGUCUGGAAGGGCCCAUGGCUAUGCAGCGGAGUCUCGCGCCCAUCACCACCCACAACACGGGCUUCAUCCAGUACAUGGACUCGGGAAUCUGGCACCUGGCCAUUUACAACGACGGGAAAGAAAUUGAAACCGUGUCCUUCAUCACCACCGCCAUCGAUUCUAUUGAUGACUGUCCCAGUAACUGCUUUGGAAACGGGGACUGCAUUGCUGGAACGUGCCACUGCUUUUUAGGAUUCAAAGGACCUGAUUGUGGGCGAGCGGCAUGCCCAGUGCUCUGCAGUGGCAAUGGUCAAUACCUCAAAGGUCGCUGCAUGUGUCAUAGCGGCUGGAAGGGCUCCGAGUGCGACGUCCCCACCAACCAGUGCAUCGACGUGACGUGCAGCGGCCACGGAACGUGCAUCGUGGGAACCUGUAUCUGCAACCCCGGCUACAAGGGGGAAAACUGCGAGGAAGUGGACUGUCUGGACCCGACGUGCUCGGGCCGAGGGGUGUGCGUCCACGGAGAGUGCCACUGCUUCGUGGGCUGGGGCGGGUCUGGAUGCGAGAGCCCCCGGGCGUCCUGCAUGGACCAGUGCUCUGGACAUGGAGCCUUCUUGGCAGACACCGGAACCUGCAGCUGUGACCCCAACUGGACGGGCCACGACUGCGCUACAGAGAUUUGUGCAGCGGACUGUGGUGGCCACGGCGUUUGUGUUUCAGGCACCUGUCGCUGUGACGACGGCUGGAUGGGCACCGGGUGUGACCAGAGGGCGUGUCACCCACGCUGUAAUGAACAUGGCACUUGCAAGGAUGGCAAAUGUGAAUGCAGUCCGGGGUGGAAUGGAGAACACUGCACCAUUGCUCACUAUCUGGAUAAGGUAGUGAAAGAGGGCUGUCCUGGUUUGUGCAACGGCAAUGGUAGGUGCACUCUGGGUAACGGCGGCUGGUAUUGCGUCUGCCAGCUGGGCUGGAGGGGCACUGGCUGCGACACCUCCAUGGAGACGGCCUGCAGUGAUGGCAAGGACAACGAUGGAGAUGGCCUGGUGGACUGCAUGGAUCCGGACUGCUGUCUGCAGGGGAGCUGUCACACCACCUCGCUGUGCGUCGGCUCGCCGGAGCCGCUGGACAUCAUCCAGGAGACGCAGAUGUCUUCCGUGCACAGCAACCUCCAGACCUUCUACGACCGCGUGCGCUUCCUGGUGGGCAGGGACAGCACCCACGUCAUCCCCGGAGGCAACCCCUUCGAUGGAAAGCACGCUUGUGUGAUCCGUGGACAAGUGGUGACCUCGGAUGGAACGCCGCUGGUGGGAGUCAACAUCAGCUUCAUCAACAACCCGUCUUAUGGUUACACCAUCACCAGACAGGAUGGAAGUUUUGACUUGGUGACCAACGGGGGCAUAGCCAUCGCCCUGCACUUUGAGCGUGCGCCAUUCAUCACCCAGGAGCACACUCUGUGGUUGCCAUGGGGACGCUUCUUCGUCAUGGACACGGUGGUGAUGCGGCACGAGGAGAACGACAUCCCGAGCUGUGACCUCAGCAGCUUCAGCAGGCCCGUCCCCGUGGUGUCUCCGGCUCCGCUCACCUCGUUCGGCGGCUCCUGCUCGGAAAGGGGGACGGUGGUCCCUGAAAUCCAGGCUCUGCAGGAGGAGGUGCCGAUCCCCGGCACUGACAUGAAACUGGGCUAUCUGAGCAGCAGGACUGCUGGUUACAAGUCCAUCCUGAGAGUGAUCCUCACCCACUCCACCAUCCCUUUCAACCUGAUGAAGGUCCACCUGAUGGUGGCUGUGGAGGGCAGGCUCUUCAGAAAGUGGUUCCCCGCAGCUCCCAGCCUUUCCUACGACUUCGUCUGGGACAAGACUGACGUGUACAGCCAGAAGGUGUACGGGCUCUCCGAGGCCUUCGUCUCCGUAGGCUUUGAGUAUGAGUCAUGUCCAGACCUUAUUCUGUGGGAGAAGAGAACUGCUGUGCUGCAGGGCUAUGAAACCACUGCCUCCAAACUGGGAGGAUGGACAAUAGACAAGCACCAUGCUUUGAAUAUCCAGAGUGGUAUCCUUCACAUGGGAAACGGGGAGAACGUCUUCAUCUCGCAGCAGCCUCCCGUGAUCGGCAGCGUGAUGGGAAACGGGCGCAGGCGCAGCAUUUCCUGCCCCAGCUGCAACGGCCUGGCUGACGGGAACAAGCUCAUGGCCCCCGUCGCUCUGGCCUGCGGCUCCGAUGGAAGCCUGUACGUCGGCGACUACAACUACGUGAGGAGGAUUUUCACCACUGGGAACGUCACCAGCGUCCUGGAGCUCAGAAAUAAAGACUUCAGGCAUAGCAGCAGCCCGGCGCACAAGUACUACCUGGCCACCAGCCCCGUGAACGGCGCCGUCUACCUGUCCGACACCAGCAGCAGGAAGGUGUACAAGGUGAAAUCACGGAACGCCGUCAAAGACGUGGCCAAGAACCUGGAGCUGGUGGCCGGCACGGGCGACCAGUGCCUGCCGUACGACGACGCCCGCUGCGGGGACGGCGGGAAGGCGGUGGAGGCGACGCUCACCAACCCCAGAGGCAUCACUGUAGACAAGUACGGUGUGAUCUUCUUCGUGGAUGGGACCAUGAUUCGCAGGAUCGAUCAGAACGGGAUCAUCUCCACUCUUCUGGGCUUCAAUGACCUGACCUCUGCUCGACCUCUGAGCUGCGACGCUGUGAUGGACAUUUCUCAGGUUCGCCUCGAGUGGCCCACAGACCUGGCAGUGAGUCCCAUGGACAACUCCUUAUAUGUCCUGGACAACAACGUUGUUCUUCAGAUCUCAGAGAACCACCAAGUCCGAAUAGUGGCGGGUCGACCCAUGCAUUGCCAAGUACCUGGGAUUGAUCACUUUCUCAUGAGUAAGGUAGCGAUUCAUGCUACCUUGGAGUCGGCCAACGCUUUGGCUGUGUCUCAUACUGGUGUGUUGUACAUCGCCGAGUCAGACGAAAAGAAGAUAAACCGAGUGAGACAGGUGUCCACCAACGGAGAGAUCUCCCUGGUCGCAGGGGCGCCGAGUGGCUGUGACUGCAAAAACGAUGCCAACUGCGACUGUUACUCUGGCGAUGAAGGCUACGCUAAGGACGCCAAGCUAAAUUCCCCGUCUUCCUUGGCCGUUUGUCCAGAUGGAGAGCUUUACAUCGCCGAUCUCGGAAACAUUCGUAUCCGCUACGUCCGCAAAAACAAGCCCUUCCUGAACCCCCUCAGCAUGUACGAAGUGUCCUCGCCAAUUAACGAUGAACUCUACUUAUUUGAUGCCAAUGGGAGCCACAUUUUCACUCAAAGUCUGACCACAGGAGACUACCUCUACAACUUGAGUUACACGGGAGAAGGAGACAUAAGCAGCAUCACUGAUAAGAAUAAAAACACAAUCAUUCUCCGACGGGACACCACUGGAAUGCCCCUGUGGUUGAUGGUCCCCAACGGCGAAACUUUUUGGUUCACCAUUGGUACGAACAACGCCCUCAAAACAGUCGCUGCCCAAGGUCAAGAGCAAGCUGUAAUGACUUACCACGGGAGCUCAGGACUUCUUGCGUCCAAGACGGAUGAAAAUGGAUGGACAACCUUCUUUGAGUACGACGCUUUCGGGCGGCUCACCAACAUCACUUACCCCACGGGAAGAGUGAGCAGCUUUCGCACGGAUGUCGACAGCUCGGUCCGCAUCAAAACCGAGGACUCCAGCAAAGAAGACAUCACAGUCACCACCAACCUGUCGGCUUCUGGCACUUUCUACACAUUUAUGCAAGAUCAAGUUCGGAACAGCUACUUCAUCGGCUUGGAUGGGUCACUGCGGCUGGUUUUGGCCAACGGGAUGGAGGUCUCCCUGUACACCGAGCCUCACCUGCUGGCCGGGACGGUCAACCCCACUGUCAGCAGGAGGAACGUCACCCUGCCCAUCGACAACGGCCUCAACCUGGUGGAGUGGAGACAGAGGAAGGAGCAGGCCCGGGGCCAGGUCACCGUGUACGGACGCAGACUGAGGGUUCAUAACAGAAACCUGCUGUCACUGGACUUCGAUCGAAUCACUCGUACGGAAAAAGUCUACGACGACCACCGGAAGUUCACCCUCAGGAUCCACUACGAUCACGCCGGCCGGCCCACUCUGUGGGCGCCAAGCAGCCGCCUGAAUGGAGUCAACGUGACCUACUCCUCUGGGGGGCAUGUGGCGGGCAUCCAAAGGGGAACCAUGUCCGUACGCAUGGAGUACGACCAGAACGGCAGGAUCACAUCCCUCAUAUUCGCCGACGGCAAAUCUUGGAGCUACACUUAUCUGGAGAAGUCCAUGGUGUUGCUUCUCUACAGCCAGCGACAGUACAUCUUCGAGUUCGACAAAAACGACCGACUCUCCUCCGUGACCAUGCCCAACGUGGCGCGGCAGACCCUGGAGACCACCCGCUCUAUUGGCUACUACAGAAACACCUACCACCCCCCUGAAGGCAACGCCUCCGUUCUCCAGGACUACAGCGAGAACGGCCAGCUGCUGCAGACCACCUUCCUGGGGACGGGUCGUAGGAUCAUCUACAAAUACGGGAAGCUCUCCAAGCUCCUGGAGAUCCUCUAUGACACCACCCGCAUCGGUUUCUCCUACGACGAAGUGGCCGGGAUGCUGAAGACCGUCAACCUGCAGAGCGAGGGCUUCACCUGCACCAUCCGCUACCGCCAGAUCGGCCCGCUGAUCGACAGGCAGAUUUUCCGGUUCAGUGAAGAGGGCAUGGUCAACGCCAGGUUCGACUACGUCUACGACAACAGCUUCAGAGUCACCAGCAUGCAGGCCGUCAUCAACGAAACGCCGCUGCCCAUCGACUUGUACCGCUACGACGACGUGUCGGGCAAGACGGAGCAGUUUGGCAAGUUCGGCGUCAUCUAUUAUGACAUAAAUCAGAUCAUAACCACUGCGGUUAUGACCCACACCAAACACUUUGAUGCUUACGGUCGAGUGAAGGAGGUCCAAUACGAAAUCUUCCGCUCGCUCAUGUACUGGAUGAUGGUGCAGUAUGACAAUAUGGGCCGCGUUGUGGCCAAAGAGCUUAAAGUUGGGCCUUAUGCCAACACAACCCGCUACACCUACGAGUACGACGCUGACGGUCAGCUCCAGGUGGUCUCCAUCAACGAUAAACCCCUGUGGAGGUACAGCUAUGACCUGAACGGUAACCUACACCUGCUCAGUCCUGGGAAUAGCGCACGUCUUACCCCGCUGCGGUACGACAUCAGGGACCGCAUUACUCGCUUAGGAGAUGUCCAGUACAGGAUGGAUGAGGACGGCUUUCUUAAGCAGCGAGGGAACGACUACUUUGAGUACAACUCAGCGGGCCUCUUGACUAAAGUCUACAACAAAGUCAGCGGAUGGAGCAUCAAAUAUCGCUACGACGGCCUCGGACGAAGGGUGUCCAGCAGAAGCAGCACCGGCCACCACCUGCAGUUCUUCUACUCCGACCUGUCCAGCCCCACUCGGGUCACCCACAUGUACAACCACUCCAGCUCAGAGAUCACCUCGCUGUACUACGACCUGCAGGGUCACUUGUUCGCCAUGGAGUUGUACAGCGGGGACGAGUUCUACGUGGCGUGCGAUAACAUCGGCACGCCUCUGGCAGUGUUCAGCGGGUCGGGGAUCAUGAUCAAGCAGAUCCUCCACACCGCCUUCGGGGAGGUGUACCUCGACACCAAUCCCAGCUUCCAGCUGAUAAUCGGAUACCAAGGCGGACUCUAUGAGCCGCUCAGCAAACUGGUCCACAUGGGCAAGCGGGAUUACGACGUUCUCACCGGCCGCUGGACAACGCCGGACCACGAGAUCUGGAAACGGCUGAACAGCGACCACAUAGUGCCGUUCAACUUGUACAUGUUCAAGAACAACAAUCCUCUCAGCAACACUGAGGAUACAAAGUGCUACAUGACAGAUGUGAACAGCUGGUUGGUGACCUUCGGCUUCCAGUUGUACAACGUGAUCCCCGGUUACCACAAACCCAACACGGAGGCCAUGGAGCCGUCCUACGAGUUGGUGCGCACCCAGGUCAAGACACAGGAGUGGGACAGCACUAAGUCUCUGCUGGGAGUUCAGUGUGAGGUUCAGAGGCAGCUGAAGGCCUUUGUGAAGCUGGAACACUUUGGUCAGAUCUACAAAGCCAAAAGUGCUGGAUGUCCCCAGACCGAGGACAAGAAAGUCUUUGCCUGCGGUGGCUCCAUCUUCGGAAAGGGGGUGAAAUUCGCCAUCCGAGACGGCCGCAUCAGCACGGACAUCAUCAGCCUCGCCAACGAGGACGGCCGCCGCAUGGCCGCCGUGCUGAACGACGCCUUCUACCUGGAGAGUCUCCACUUCACCAUCAUGGGAGUGGACACGCACUACUUUGUCAAACUGGGCUCGGUGGAGGGGGACCUGGCCCUCAUCGGGAUGACGGUGGGCCGACGCACGCUGGAGAACGGCGUGAACGUGACGGUGUCUCAGGUCAACACCGUGUUCAACGGCAGGACUAGGCGCAUCACCGACAUCCAGCUGCAGUACGGCGCGCUGAGCCUGAACACGCGCUAUGGCAGCAGUGUGGACGAGGAGAAGGCGCGGGUUCUGGAGCUGGCUCGGCAGAGGGUGGUGACGCAGGCUUGGGCUCGGGAGCGGCAGAGACUGAGGGACGGCGAGGAGGGCUCCCGGGCGUGGACUGAGGGGGAGAAGCAGCAGCUCCUGGGAUCGGGGAAGGUGCAAGGCUACGACGGCUACUACGUGGUCUCCGUUGACCAAUACCCCGAGUUGGCCGACAGCGUCAACAACAUUCACUUCAUGAGACAGAGCGAAAUGGGUCGAAGGUGACAUGAACACGGGGUUCCCGAGUGACGGACUCGCAUAUAGAAAACGGGACAUUUUGCCAAAGACAGUUGUGUACAUGACCACGUUUUUUUGUUUUUGACUGUGCUCAACUUUGGUUUUUAAUACUGUAAAAAAAUAGUUGCAAUCAGUUGCACUGUAUUAAUGAAAGAGUGCCCUUCUCCGCCGACAGAUUCUUUAACAGUCUUUGCCCUCCAAGUGCGGCUGCUAGAGGACGGACAAAUUGUGAUGUCUCCGACUUGUUUUUUUUUUCCGUGACUCUGUUUCCUCAUCCCCCGUUGGUGAGUCUGCUCAAAGGAAACCAAGAGGAUGAUGGGUAAUGUUUGUCGUCACUGGCUCGCUCUGCCGCCAGACCUGCGGAUUGUUCUUCACGAGCUCGCUCCAUUCUGCCUUUUUCUGCACACCUCAGCCAAGGAGAUUCCUUCUCUUUUAAUCACUUCUUUUUUAAUACUUGAAACCCCUCGUGGCUCCGGUCGUCCAUAAAUAACCAGAGAUUUUUGUUCGCCCUUUAUCAGAACCCGAGCUGGACUUGUCAAGGCACCUUCAUUUGUGUGGCAUCUUGGGGGGCUUUUAUUCUCACACCGACGGUGCUCGUUGGCCUUUCUAUGAACUACGAAAUCUGCGAAAUUGCUUAAUUAAGCCUAAAUUUAAUGGCAAAGCCGAGAGGUUUUUUUUGUAUUAUUUGGGGUUUAUUUUUGUUUUUUAGCUUUUUUUUAUUUUAUAAAAGGAAAGAAAUCAUUGGAUGAGUGCUGUGCUCCUUUUUCUGUUUGAGCACUCCUAAAUUCACCGGAGUCCUGCUAGAGAAAACUGUGGAAUCAAUGACUGUAACAAACUAAAAAGAGAUACUUUAAGGGUUUUGAAGUUUUGAUUUUCUUUUAUAAAUAGCUAUAUGACUUAACAGUAUAACAAAUGUGAAUUUCAAAAAAAAAAAAGAAAUGUGAACUAUUGUCCCUUUUAUUGUUGAUUGUUGUACUUGAACAAUACUUAAGGGUGUCUGAACUCAUGGAAUAAAAUACGACGGUGGCUUAGUUGAAUCAAACGAUGUGUCUCAUAAGCUUACUGCAUUUUCUGCUUUCUUUGUGGUCACAGAGAGAGAGUCAGUAUUCUCCAACAUGAUGUCCGGUCUCAUGAGGAAAAAUGAUUUGGAUUUAAACUACUAAAAGAAACUGCUCACCCGUCCAUCGGCAUAUCGGCCGCACGCGGAUAUGUUUUGCAUUGUGUUGUGGGUUUGAUGAAAGGUCCAAAUUGCCUUUGCCCUGAGGGCGGCCCCGCAGGUCGGCAUCAAAAGUGCUUUCACUCGCCAAAAUAGGGCUCCACUCGUUCCCGUCGCUGGUGGAAAUGAAUCGGGCCUGCAGGUGUGCCGGUUCCCGCUUACAGACUAAAGGUCGUCCAUACAACCUCGGAUGUAUCCCGCCUGGACACUCGGUGGCUCUCGCACAGCCGCAGCCCGCUCAGCGGAUUCUGCAAGGGACAAUUUACCCCAGCUUAUUCUGAAAUGUCACGGCGGGGAAAACUCGAGAGGAGCCCAGGCUAUUUUGGAAAGCGUCCCACUGCUUUGACAUGUUCUGAACUAUGCUAAGCCAUAGCACUCUGUCCGUUUUUCCAUCCAGCUUGUCUGCGUGUGUGGAGGUGGCGAGAGCGAAGGCUGAGUGUCUUAAACUGUACAAACAAGUAUGUGGUCCUUUUACGAUGUUAGAUUCAGUGACCGAUUUUUGUUUUCAAAAAAGAAAAAAGAAAACAAAUGUACGUUGAACAUAUUAUGAAUGAAGGAUCUUUGCAUUGUGAACUAUUGCACUGAGAACUGUUGCGUCAUGAGACUGUAUCCUUUUUCUAAAGAUUUGGUUUGUUCUCAACACUGUGUUUUUAGUGCUUCUCUUUGACUCUGUAAAUACGAGGAGGACAUCAAGCAUAAGCUGUAAAUAAAAUGCAAAUGUAGAUACCUUUUAGAGCUACAUUGGUGACCCUUUGUAGUCUUAAGGUAGAAAAAAUAAAGGGAUUAUUUUGUGUUUA